UGAAACUAAACAUGGUUGGAUUCAGAGCUGGUGAUGUGCCCCCUACAGCCACCGUCAAGUUUGUCGGUGCAGGAAUGGCAGCCUGCAUCGCAGAUCUGGUCACAUUUCCACUAGACACAGCAAAAGUUAGGCUUCAGAUUCAGGGUGAAGCCAAAGGUCCUGCCAACCCAGGGCAUGGUCCGAUGAAAUACCGAGGAGUGUUUGGCACGAUCAGCACCAUGGUUCGUGUUGAGGGGCCGCGCAGCCUCUACAACGGGCUGGUUGCAGGACUGCAGCGUCAGAUGAGCUUUGCGUCUGUACGCAUUGGCCUCUAUGAUUCUGUCAAGCAGUUCUACACCAAAGGUUCCGAACAUGUAGGGAUUGGCAGUCGGCUGCUGGCAGGUUGUACCACUGGAGCAAUGGCAGUUGCUAUGGCGCAACCGACCGAUGUGGUAAAGGUCCGAUUUCAGGCCCAGAACAGCUCAGGGGCCAGUAAACGUUACCAAGGCACUAUGGAUGCAUAUCGGACCAUUGCGAAGCAAGAGGGAUUUCGUGGUCUGUGGAAAGGAACUGGACCAAACAUCACCCGAAAUGCCAUUGUAAACUGCACGGAGCUGGUGACCUAUGACCUCAUCAAAGACGCACUGCUAAAGUCAUCACUGAUGACUGAUGACCUUCCCUGCCAUUUCACAUCCGCUUUUGGAGCUGGUUUCUGCACCACUGUUAUCGCCUCCCCUGUUGAUGUUGUGAAGACAAGAUACAUGAACUCCGCCCAAGGCCAGUACAGCAGCGCCCUCAACUGUGCUGUAGCCAUGUUGACUAAAGAAGGACCAAAGGCUUUUUACAAGGGAUUCAUGCCAUCAUUUCUGCGGCUGGGCUCCUGGAAUGUGGUUAUGUUUGUCACCUAUGAGCAGCUGAAACGUGCCCUGAUGGCAGCUCGCCAUAACUAGGUCACUCUUUGGGCAGCAAACGCAGCUAGUUGAGCUUUGCUGGCCUUUUUUUUUGUUUUUUGCUUUUUUUGCUUGUCCGUUUGACUUGUUUACACUUUUGCUUAUUUUAUUUGGCUUUUUAUGCACGACUCAAAUCUUUCAAUAAAACUGAGUCUAUUCUA